CAUAAACAGAAGACGGUGGAAAAUUGCCCCUCAGUUCUCCUGCUCGUCGAACCAGGUGUUGAUUUUGACUCUAGAAGUUUGCGCAUGGAAAUGUUCGGCGAGGCAGCCAAGGAAGAUCGAGAACGACAGGCUCUUCUGGUUUGAGACUCCAGAAAGGGUGACGGAACUCCACACCUUGGUCAGACGCCGCCGUGCCAUCUUCUACCCUUUCCAUGAAAACAGUCUAGACGAAAGAAAUAAGAACGUUUCUUCGCAAUGCCAGUUCAACCAACUUUUUUCCAAUUGCCAAUGACACUGGCACCAUGUCCAGCGAUCGAAUCCAAACCUCCGAAGCCCACUCGUAAACCAGUGCUCCGACUAGAAAUCCGCGAUCUAUCGGAAGAGGGCGCAAGGUCGUUCCUGAGCUUGUUAGACUGCGCGAACGUGCUCGAGAAUGCUGUAGACACCGUUAUUUCCCUCUUAUACACCGAAGCCUCCCACAUUCCACCGACACGUUCGAUCACGUUGAUCCUCCGCUCCAUGCCUGGUGUAGCGUACACGACCGGCAUGGACAUUGACAACGAUCAUAAGGAGAUUCACUUCUCGACAGACUAUGUAGCUAGCAUACCCAUGGAAAGGAGGAAACAGGAGAUGCUAGGCGUCAUCACCCACGAGAUGGUCCAUUGCUGGCAGUGGGCUGCUAAUGGCACAUGUCCGGGAGGCCUCAUAGAAGGUAUUGCAGACUUUGUGAGGCUACGGGCUGACUUCGUACCGCCUCAUUGGAAGCAAGAAGCUGGCGGCGAUUGGGACGCUGGUUAUCAGCAUACUGGCUAUUUCCUGGAUUGGCUUGAGAGGACAUUGGGAGAAGGGACGGUCAUCAAAAUCAACGAUCGGCUGAGAGACAGGAAUUACGACGAGGUGGAAUUUUGGAGCCAUUGCUGUGGCGAUGACGUCAAGAAUCUUUGGAAGAGGUAUAAAGAGAGCCUGGAGAACUCGGGAAACGAGGAACAAGUAGGUAUUCACUGAAAUCCAUACGAGAUCGAGGCGCUCGCUGUGAAGCUCUGCAGGAGAGAUCAUCCACACGGAACUUGACGAUAGCAUGGAUUUGUACGAUAACCAGAGGUCGGUGCUUUAUAUUUGCGUUCUACAUUUUUAGAUCUAUGGUAUUUUUCGUUGUCUUCGUGACCCUACUGCCUGGAUGUCACCACGCGUUGUUCAAGGCCUUGCUACUAAGACAAAACUGAAUUUGUGGAUUUGAAGAAUUGUGGGAAGAUUUUCCGCAACUCCUGCAAAUUCUGGAUCUGAUAUUCUGAUGCAGGAGUGGGAGGACGGGGCUGUGACGGGUACAGCAGAUGGACUGCGGUCCAGCCUAAACUUGCAGCCGCCUUCACAUUCAUGUAUGAGUCGUCUAGGAAAUCCUUUAGCUUUGGUAGAAUUCACAGAAGAGACGAGUAUUU